UAAUCUUAAUUGUAUUAAGAAUUUUACAUUCCAAAUAUAAGGCUUGUUUCCACACCAUAUUUUCAUAAAAUAGCUAUAAAUUUUAAAUGAUACUAGACAAUUCAUGAUCUGUUGGUUCAUUGUUUCAGAGAUAUUAUCUUAUCUAAACAGAGAAACAGAAUGACCAAGGUCAAAAACAAUGGGAUUGGGAGUGACUUUCCACUUCCUGCCAGUUUGACAGUGGUUGACUGGUCUCCAGCAGUUGAUGAUGGGAUUGGUCUACCUGAUAUCUGGAGGACUAGGAAAGGACCCUUCUUGAUCUCCAGUGGCCAAAGAAAGAAUUACGAGAAUUCCAUAAAUAGAACAAAUCUGCUUCCGGACUAUUUUAGAUCCCUUCCAUUUCAGCCAAUUAGUUGAUUUUGUCUGAAGCUUUUAACUGGCAGAACUUUGAUCCUCCAUGUAUCUUCUGAUGUCUCUGCCAAGGGAGGAGUAUUAUGAAUUUUGCAAAAGAAGCAAACUGGCAACAAAGAUGUUGGGACAGACUAGCCAUCAAUUUGAAGAAAACCGUUUGACCAGAGAGGAGGAUUGUAGCUACUAGGUCUUCACUUCUUGCUGUGAUUAAACAGUUUGGUGAUUGGAAAGCAUGUUUACUCCUGAAGACUUGAUACAGUUGGCAUAUGCAAUGCAUAUCUAAGCCUCAUAUAUCUUACCAGUUUACAGUAAACAAGAUGUCAACUAUUAUUUAUGCAGUGCUACAUGUCAUCUUAAGUAUAUUUAUCACAUCUGCUAAUCUACUGGUAAUCAUUGUCAUCUGUCGGUUGAAGAAGAGGAGAUCAAGCAGAAACUAUGUCUUCAUCCUCAACUUGGCAGCUGCUGAUCUACUUGUGGGUGUGAUGUGCAUUGGGGACGCUUUGGAUGAUGCAACAGAUGCACUGUUUGAUAAGAAUUUGGUUUUUUGUCUUAUAAGGAUCUGCAUGGGUAUUACUCCUUGUAUUGGCUCUAUUCUCACUUUACUCCUGGUUUCUCUGGACAAGUAUUUGGCGGUGAAACUGCCCUUUCAUUAUCCCUCCCUUAUGAGCAAGAAACGUGUAAUCAUUUCUCUUUUAGUCCUCUGGGUUCUCUCCUCCUUGGUAGGAUACAUGCCACUUAUUUCUUCAGGAUUGCGGCAGAACAAAUUGAAAGGUAACUGUGGGCUCCUAUCUGCUGCCAAAAGUGACUACCUCUACAUAAUCUGUUUUGGCAUUUUCAUCCCUGCAUUGUUGAUCUUGGUGUGUUUGCAUAUCUCGGUAGGAAGGAUUGCCUAUCUACAGCAUAAGCAGAUCCAGCACUCUUGCUUGCAUGCAGAUACUCCUUUUGCUCAUCUUUGUUACUUCAAAGCUCUAAGGACUAUUCUUAUUGUGAUUGUUUCUUUCACUGUAUUCUGGGGGCCUUACUAUGGGACUGCCAUUGUGAAAGCUACCUGUAAAUCCUGUAAUCUGAACCCACAGUUGAGGGAUUUUUUAUUUUUUCUAGGACAAACCAAUUCACUGAUAAACCCCUUUGUGUAUUCAUUGUACAACAAGGAUAUAAGGACUGAGUUUGCCAGGCUGAUGAAAUAUAAGGGAAAAGGUCAAAUAAAGCCAUGCAAGUCUAUUGAUUUAGCAGUGGCCAAUUCCAACUUUGGAAUAUGAAAUGAUUUAUGAAAUGCAAUUAAUCUGAUCUAAUUUCUGCCUCUUCUCCCUUCAACAGUUUUUCAGAUUAUAGAAUAGUAUGUUCAAUCUCCAGUGCAGAAAAUUGGAGAAGCAUAGUUCUGAUCAAGAGAGGCUUUCCUUUCAACCAUAAUUUGGUUAUUUGAAGAUAUACAAAGAUGGGUUAACUAGUAAAUAAAUAUUGAUAUAGUUUACCGGAUGAAGUAUUUUAAAACUGAGAAUAUAGUGCGAGUCUCCUAUUUGUCUUCAAUUGGAUCUUUUGGAAACUUUACUGGUAAUAGUCAAUAGCAUAAUUGCUACUGGUGUAUUUUGGUUAAUAUGGUUUAAAGGAUUGAAAUCUAUAUUCAGUUUUUUAAUUAAAUCUGCAAACCCCUGAAGUAGGUAUGUAUUUAAAGUCCUUUCUUUAAAAUGAGUUAAGAGCUCAAUAGUCAUUUUCUGAGUCUUUCUCAUUAUAUAAGACUGUUUAAUUUCAAAACAGUUCCAACAGAAGAAUAAUUUCAAAUUACUUGGAUAUUCCUGGAUCUCAUUUAACCUUGAAUUUGUGAACUAAUCCAUGAGCAAAAAAAGUAGCUUUUCAACCUUAACCACUCUUGGCAAUAAUGGCAUAUUAAAAUCAAGCCUUCUGUGAGAACUUUUCUGAAGUACUUUGUUUAGAAAAAAUGCUAUAUGAAUUAAGUUACACACCGAUCAGUGAUUAGUGCCUCUGAAAUGUAAUAUUAACUAUGUGAGAUAGAUUUAUCUAUACAUUUAUUUCUGUGAUUGUGAAUUCUAUUCCAUAUGAGGUCCAUUUGCAAUUUGUUUGGUUCUGUUUAUUUAGCCCUACUGCUACUUAAGAAAGCAUUUAGGACAAGUUAUUUACUUACAGGCAUAUUUUGGGAUGGGCUUUUUCAUGGCUGUGUCCUUUGCAAUUUUAUGUUUCAUUCAUUUGAUUUCCUUUUUAUAGUUAACUUCCUUAGGACUGCUUUUGGGCAGUUUUAUAAGUAAAUAAAUUGUGAUAAAAUAAACUAGGAUGAAAAAUGAAAAACAACCUCUGCAAAUUACACUUAGAUUACACUUGUGCUGACCAAUUGGCCCCCAUCUUCACCCAUAUUUUCAAUAAAUCACUAGAGAUGUGCUAUGUUCCUUCUUGCUUCAAACGCUCUACCAUCAUCCCAGUGCCGAAGAAGCCCACCAUCAAGGAACUGUGACUACAGACCAGUUGCUUUAACAUCUGUAGUCAUGAAAACCUUUGAAAGGCUAAUGCUUUCCUACUUGAAAACCAUCACGGAUCCGCUGUUAGACCCCUUGCAAUUUGCAUACCGAGCAAAUAGAUCAACAGAUGAUGCUCUUAAUAUGGCUCUGCACUACAUCCUACAACAUCUUGAGUCUCCAAAGACCUAUGCAAGGGUCCUUUUUGUAGACUUUAGUUCAGCAUUCAAUACCAUCAUUCCAGACAUUCUUCUAACUAAGUUAAACCAGCUACAGAUACCGGAACAGACUUUAAGUGGAUCACAAGCUUCCUAACAAACAGGAAGCAGCAGGUGAAGCUAAGCAAGAUCACAUCAAAUACCUGUACAAUUAGCACAGGGGCUCUUUGUAUACCAAUGACUGCAUCUCCAAUGAUCCAUCUGUUAAGCUACUGAAGUUCGCAGAUGACACAACAGUGAUCGGUCUCAUUCGAGACAAUGACGAAUCCGCAUAUAGAUGAGAGGUCGAAUGGCUAGCCUUGUGGUGCAACCAAAACAAUCUGGAACUGAACACGCUCAAAACCGUAGAAAUGGUGGUAGACUUUAGGAGAAACCCUUCCAUACUUCCACCUCUCACAAUACUAGACAACACAGUAUCAACAGUAGAAAUCUUUAAAUUUCUAGGUUCUAUCAUAUCGCAAGAUCUAAAAUGGACAGCUAACAUCAAAAACAUCAUCAAAAAAGGACAACAAAGAAUGUUCUUUCUGCGCCAACUCAGUAAGCUCAAACUGCCCAAGGAGCUGCUGAUUCAGUUCUACAGAGGAAUUAUUGAGUCUGUCAUUUGCACCUCUAUAACUGUCUGGUUCGGUUCUGCAGCCCAACAAGAAAGACACAGACUUCAGAGGAUAAUUAGAACUGCAGAAAAAAUAAUUGCUACCAACCUGCCUUCCAUUGAGGACCUGUAUACUGCACGAAUCAAGAAGAGGGCCGUGAAAAUAUUUACAGAUCCCUCACAUCCAGGACAUAAACUGUUUCAACUCCUACCCUCAA